CUUUCUUCUCACCCACAAUGCUCUGGGGAGCGUCUGGUAGACAGGGUGGUCAGGGAAGGCUUCCUGGAGGAAGCAGGCUUCUAUGCAUCUCCCACCAAGAACCUGCCUCCUACAUCUUAGGGUGCGGCCAGCCCCAGGUUCCGAAUGCAGAAGGCCGCGUUGUUGGGGGUCACGCUGCCCAGGCUGGCGCGUGGCCCUGGCAGGCCAGCCUCCGGCUACGGAAAGUGCACGUGUGUGGAGGGGCUCUCCUCAGCCCUCAGUGGGUGCUCACAGCUGCCCACUGCUUCUCCGAGUCCUUGAACUCAUCCGACUACCAAGUCCACCUGGGGCAGCUGACCAUCACUCUGUCCCCCCAUUUCUCCACUGUGAGGCAGAUCCACCUGUACUCCGGCCACCCGGGAGCACCGGGGUCCAGCGGGGACAUCGCCUUGCUGCAGCUGAGUACCCCUGUGACGCUCUCCAGCCGGGUCCUGCCCAUCUGCCUCCCCGAGGCCUCGGCCGACUUCCCCCCGGGGACACCGUGCUGGGUGACGGGCUGGGGCUACACGAGGGAGGGAGAGCCUCUGCAGUCCCCGUACAUCCUGCAGGAGGCAGAAGUCUCCAUCGUGGACACAGAGACCUGCAGCCGGGACUACUCUGGUGCAGGGGCCAGCCCCAUUCGGCCGGACAUGCUGUGCGCCCGGGGCCCUGGGGAUGCCUGCCAGGACGACUCCGGAGGGCCUCUGGUCUGCCAGGUGGGCGGGAUCUGGCUGCAGGCUGGCGUGGUGAGCUGGGGUGAGGGCUGUGGCCGCCCUGACCGACCUGGGGUCUACACCCGCGUCCCUGCCUAUGUGAGCUGGAUCCAUGGCUACAUCCUGGCCUCAGGGGCCUCGGGGCCUGUGCGCCCUCAGCUCACCGGGCCCCCUCUCGUUUUCCUCGCCGGCUUCUUCCUUCCCGGCCUCCUCCUCCUCCUCGUCUCCUGCGUCCUGGUGGCCCAAUGCUCUCUGCACAGGGCUUGGGUCAGCUCUCCCUCCCAUCCAGCCUGUGACCGUUGACCCUGAUCUGCACGACCUCCUGCGGUCAGCAGAAUAACGCCCACUCCCCCCCCCCCCAAUAAAAGAUGUCCAUGUCCUGAUGCCCAGGACGCGUGACCAAAUCCCCACAGGGCAAGGCCUCUGAGCCUGCAAUUAGGACUAGGGAGCUCGAGAGGGGCAUGAGCCCCGGUUACCGGGGGUCCCGGGUCAUCAAAAGGGUUCUCAAAAGUGGUACAGUCCACACAGGAGGUCAUAGACGCGACAUGAAAUGCACCUGACCCACCGUCACUGCCUUUGAGGUUGGGGGAAGGGGCCGCAAGCCGAGAAACUUGGUGGUCUCCAGGAGCAGGGCUGGCCCUCAAUUUACAGCCAGCAACACAAGUGGGGCCACGUCCUACAGCCGCAGGAACGACUGACUCCUGCCAACAACCGGAAGGGCCUCUCCCUGGAACCUCCAGAAAGGCCGCUGCCUUGCUCUCACCUUGGUGCCAUGACACCUGAGUCAGACACCCGACCUCCAGAACUGUCGGACGAUAAACCUGGGUUGCUUUAAGCCACUACAUUGCUGGCGAUUUGCUGCAGCUGUUCCUGGCUGCAGGCCGGCGUGGAGAGCUGGGUUGAGGGCUGCAGCCGCCCUGACUGGCCCCAGGUCUACGGCCGUAUCCCUGCCUCCUUACGGAGCCCAGGUCACCUCUCUCUCCCGCUUGGUCUCCAACCCUUGACCCAUGACCCCCUCCUUCCUCCUGGCAGGGCACACGCUGCGCCUGGAGAAAGAGGCCUGCAGCAGCCCUGCUCCACCCAGCUCAGUGUCUUCUCCCCAUGGGGAAACUAAGGCUUGAGGGGUGCAAUCAUCUGUCAGGGUGGCACACAGCAAGGUCUGCAGACCCCAGUGGUAGGCGUCCACGCUCUGUGCCCCCCAUGCCCACCCUCGCAGGGCCUGGCCUGCUCCCCGGAGUCCUGCAGUUCCCCGUGUGUCCACCAGAGGGAGCCCUGGCACUGCCCUCAA